AUGGACCACAAAGGAUUUCCAGUGCUUGGCCUAUUCGGUUGUUUAGGACUGCUUUUACUGACGCUGCACACCGUCCAUGGAGACGUGGUCUAUUCAUUACCAGAGGAGAUGAAACGCGGAUCAGUUAUUGGAAAUAUAGACAAGGAUUUGGGGAUUAAGGUCGACAGUUUGUCCACUCGAAAGGCUCGUAUCGACACCGAGGGGAGCGGCAAACGGUACUGUGACAUAAACCUUAGUAAUGGAGACGUGACUGUUGCCGACAGGAUAGACAGAGAAGCGCUUUGUGGCAAAAAGGCGUCUUGCACCUUAAAACAGGAGCUGGUCUUGGAGAAUCCGUUAGAGUUGCAUCGUAUCAGUCUUCACGUUGAGGAUAUCAAUGACAACUCUCCGCAGUUUAAAAAGGAAACAAUGAAAUUUGAGAUCCGUGAAUCUGCAGGUAAAGGGAAUCGCUUUCGUCUUGAUGAGGCUCACGAUGCAGAUAUCGGACAAAACGCAGUCCAGAGUUACUCUAUUUCCACUAAUGAACACUUCAAUUUAAAUGUUAUCGCAAAGAGUGGAGGAGGGAAAUAUAGCGAGUUGGUUUUAGAAAAGGAGUUGGACAGAGAGGAACAGCAGGAGCUAACUGUUGUGCUAACAGCUGCAGACGGAGGCAGGCCGAAGAGAUCCGGUACUGUUGUCAUUCAUAUUACUGUACUGGAUGCAAACGAUAACGCCCCGGUGUUUAGCCAGGCUGCUUAUAAAGCCACUGUACCUGAGAACUCUCCUCUCCACACUGUAGUCAUCACUGUGACUGCUACUGAUUUAGACGAGGGUGUCAAUGGAGAGGUGACGUAUGAGUUUGAUCACAUCUCAGAUGAAACCAAUAACGUGUUUUCUCUUGAUGAGAAAACUGGUGAAGUGAGAGUGAGCGGGCCAGUAGAUUAUGAGGAGCUGUCUACGUAUGAGAUGCAAGUUACUGCUAAAGAUGGCCUUGGCUUAGUAUCGUCAUGCACAUUGUUGAUUGAUGUCAAAGAUGUCAACGAUAAUGCACCUAUCACGUCCAUUAAAUCUCUGACGAACCCCAUACCAGAGAAUGUGCCAGCUGGUACAGAGGUUGCUGUCAUUAAUGUGCAGGAUCGAGAUUCGGGGGAGAACCGACAAGUCCGCUGCUCUAUCCAACAAAACCUGCCAUUUAAGUUGGUUCCCUCCAUCAAAAACUAUUAUUCUCUGGUGACCACUGCUGAACUAGACCGUGAACUAGUGUCUGAUUACAACAUUACAAUCACUGCUACUGAUGAGGGCUCUCCUCCUCUUUCCUCCUCUAAAAGUGUUCAGUUAUCUGUAGCUGACGUCAACGACAACCCACCUGUGUUUGAGGAGCAGUCCUACAACGCCUACGUGACUGAAAACAACAAACCUGGAUCUACUUUCUGUUCCGUUAGUGCCCUAGACCCAGACUGGAGACAAAACGGUACAGUGAUUUAUUCUCUUUUACCUGGGGAGGUGAACGGUGCCCCGGUGUCCUCCUAUCUCUCCGUUAACGGAGACACGGGGCUGAUCCACGCUGUCAGGUCGUUGGAUUAUGAACAGUUCAGGAGCUUUAAAGUUCACGUGAUGGCGCGAGACAACGGUUCUCCUCCACUCAGCAGCAACGUGACCGUCAGUGUCUCCAUAACGGAUGUGAAUGACAACUCUCCUCAGAUACUUUACCCCGCCCCGGAGGGACACUCCUUCAUGACGGAACUCGUCCCCAAAGCAGCUCAGGGGGGCUCUCUGGUGUCCAAGGUGAUAGCGGUGGAUGCAGACUCUGGACAGAACGCCUGGCUGUCCUAUCAUAUAGUCAAAUCCACUGAUCCGGGACUUUUCACUAUUGGUCUCCACAGUGGAGAGAUCAGGACACAGCGGGACAUUUCUGAAUCUGACAACAUGAAACAGAAUCUUAUUGUGGCAGUGAAAGAUAACGGACAGCCCUCUCUGUCUGCCACCUGUUCCAUGUAUUUACUGAUUUCUGAUAACUUGGCUGAAGUGCCAGAACUGAAAGACAUGUCUUAUGAUGAGACUAACCCCAAACUGACCUCUUAUCUGAUCAUCGCGCUGGUGUCAGUCUCCACCUUUUUCCUGACCUUCAUUAUUGUCAUCCUGGGUGUGAGGUUUUGUCGCAGGAGAAAACCCAGACUGUUGUUUGAUGGAGCGGUGGCCAUCCCCAGUGCUUAUCUGCCUCCUAAUUACGCAGAAGUUGACGGAACAGGAACGUUACGCAGCACUUACAAUUAUGACGCUUAUCUGACAACGGGCUCUAGAACCAGUGACUUCAAGUUUGUGAGAUCUUACAAUGACAACACACUGCCUGCAGACCAGACUCUGAAGAAAAGUCCAACUGAUUUCAGUGAAGUAUUUGGAGAUGGUGAUGGAUUCCCUGAGGUAAGACUUGAGAAAACCAACAGGUUGAAUCUGUGUGAUUAG